GGCCCAAAUUAAACUGGUUCCAAAACGACACUCGAUUGACUAGGCGGCAGGUCACGAAGACAGGCAGCUGCAAUGGCAUCUUCGGCAGCACUUCGAGACCUCCAGCGCGAACUCGAAAACAAAGCUAACGAUCUUGGUAAACUUCAAAAAGAUAUAGCUAAGAAUCAUCAAGUGAGAAAGAAGUACACUAUACAGCUUGGAGAGAACGAACUCGUCCUCAAGGAGUUGGGUUUGUUAAAUGAAGGAGCAAAUGUUUACAAAUUGAUUGGUCCAGUACUAGUGAAGCAAGAUUUAGCUGAGGCUAAUGCGAACGUGCGCAAGAGAAUUGAAUACAUUUCUGCUGAAUUGAAGCGACUUGAUGCAACUCUUCAAGAUUUGGAAGAAAAGCAAAAUAGUAAAAAAGAAGCAAUCUUUAAAGUACAACAGAGGAUUCAAUCACUUCAGGUUGGAAAGGCCAAGGUUUAAUGUACUUAAUAUGUGUGAUCAGUUUGUAGGUGUUGCUUCCCCUUACUCACAUGUGCAAUUUUGGUGAAUCUUGUUACUAUCUAAAGGUACAGUGUGCAUAACAGUCUAUAAUCAUUGUGACUGCAGUUUUGUGGGAUAUCAAGUAAUUUUUGUAAAAAUUGUUGUCAUUUAUGUGUCUAUUAGCAUUUUCUAACAUCUCUUGUUAAAUUUUCGAAGAAAAGAAUAUAUUGACAUUGAGUAA